AUGGUACGAUCAGACUGGAGGGCGCAGGAAAUCAGAAGAGUCAUGACGUUCACGGGGAGCAAGGAGAAGACAGCCCGUGAUGCCCUGGAAAAGUUUGACUGGAACGUCGAGGUGGCUAUCGAUCAUAUUCUCAACACCCCCCAGGUAGACCUUUCAGGAGCUAGCAAGGUGUUUGACAAGUACCGAAAUGCCGAUUCGGACGAGAUCGAUCUGGAUGGAACCAUUCAAUACAUCACUGAUUUGGGUCUGUCGCUGGAGGAGCCCACUGUUCUGGCGGUUGCUAUGACUGCUGGAUCUCCAUCGGUAGGCACCUUCACACGAAAACCCUUUGUUGAGGGCUGGGCUGCCAUUGGCGGCGACACGCUGCCGGCCCAGCAGAAGUUGUGCAGGUCGUUUGCCGAGUCCAUGACCUCGCUGAAUGCCGAUUUCCAGAAAAUCUACAAGUUCACAUACGGUUUCCUGCUGCAGGAGGGCCAGCGGGUGUUGCCUCAGGAAACGGCUGUGGACUACUGGCGGCUGCUACUGACGGGGAAAUACGAGCAUCUGGACAAAUGGCUGUCUUUUGUGACCGAAAAAUACAAGCGCAACAUCUCCAGGGAUGCCUGGAACAUGUUAUACGAGUUUAUGCUGUUCCAGGCCAAGGAUCCCUCUCUAGAGAGCUACGAUGAGGACGGUGCCUGGCCCAGUGUCAUUGAUGAGUACGUUGAGUUUCUCAAGGAGUGA